UGUGUCUUUUGUUUUGAAGAAAAAUGGAGACUAUACCGUACCAUUCCUUACUGGAAGUGAACGAAAAGAAUGUGGAAAUUAUUCGCACGAGUCUUAAUUUGGAUGUGAACACAAUUAAAAAGAAUUUGGACGCGAUCGAGGAAUGGGCAAGGAAACAGGAACAUUUAGCUGAUGCAUUUCGAUACAUAAGUCCCAACAUGUUAGAGUUAUUACAUUUACUUGGAAAAGGAUCAGUGGAAAUGACUAAAACCAGAAUUGACAAAUUGCUGACAACCCGAGGAAUGUUACCCGAAAUCUGUCUGAACAGAUCUGUUGAAGAGUUUACAGAUAUUUCGGAAGCCAUAAAUUUUGUAAUUUUACCAAAACAAAGCCCUAAGGAUCAAUCAAGGAUCAUAGUGACGCAGAUCAGAAAUUGGGAAAAAUUUUCUUUAAUAUCGUUCCUGAGAUACGCCUUUAUGAUUGCAGAAUACAGAAUGAACUUCGAGUACAAUACGUGUGAAAGACAUAUCUUAGAUUUGAAAAAUGUUAAAAGCAUUAGUGCUCUUACGAAACUCAAUCCAAUGCUUCUAAAGAAAGCAGAAAUUUUGUGCAUGAGUGGUUACGGCAUGAGAAUCAGUGGUAUUCACCUUUUAAAUGCACCAUCGUUUGUGGAUAAAAUCGUGUUCCUGUUAAAACAAGCUCUUAAAGAAAAAGUAGCAAAUAGACUUAUGGUGCACAGUUCGUACGAUGAACUGCAUAAAGAAAUACCUAAGGAAAUUUUACCUAAGGACUUCGGGGGUGAUCUGCAAAGCUGCUCAGAAUUAGAAGAGCAAUGGAAAAGCGUUCUUAAGACGGAGGAAGCGCAGAAACUAAUAGCUUCGUGUAAUAAACUUGUGGCAGACGAAUCAAAGCGAAGUGCGUGUAAAUUUAACGAAGAAUACAUGGGAAUGCCUGGCUCCUUCAGACAGCUUAUCGUAGAUUAAAAUUCUCUCCUAGCCCAGUGUCGUGUUCCUCGUUGCUGAGGAUCAAGAGCCUUUUCAAUUAACAGGGCUCUCUC